AUGAGAGAGAACAGGGAGGUGGCCACCGUGGGUGUCGCUUUCGGAGGAGGAAAAGGACGCUGUCCGCUGUGCACCGCCGUUCCGGGAACCACCGCCGCCUCUGCCGUCGGAGAACGCACUGUCGAACUACCAUAUCUGAACCUUUAUUGCUCUGUAAAAUAUCCUGUAUUUGUCUCUAUUGUUCUUGGCUAUAUUGUUUGUUGGGGUUUGUCUCAAUUGGAGUCAGUGGUGGAGGUGUUGCCGCUGCUGAAAGCCAAUGACCGGGCUAUUGCUGGUUCUGAUUCUAUUAUCCUGAUUCAAAAUUCUUGUCCUGCUGCAACCAUCAUCAUCACCGUGAAAUUAACGUUGUUGCUAUUCCAAUGGAUGCGGUGUCCUCGAUUUCAUUGGAAUUAUCACUGUUGCUGCGAAUUUAAAAUAAACGGAUUUAUCACGGUUAAUUCCUACGGAUUCGACUUUUCGAGGAACCGGAUGAAUCAUUAUGAAGAAUUAUACUGCGUUUGAUUUAUAUGUUGUUGUAUUAAUUAGAUUAUUUUCUUCCCUCGUCUUUGUUAUUACAAGUUUUUAAGAGGGA